AUGGCAUUAAAAAAGGUCAAAGGGAAUUUAGAACGUAUGUUUGAUAAAAACUUGAGCGAUCUCGUACGAGGGAUUAGAAAUAAUAAAGACAAUGAAGGUAAAUACAUUGCACAAUGUAUGGAAGAAAUAAAACAAGAAUUAAGGCAAGAUAACAUUUCAGUAAAAGCGAAUGCUGUCGCCAAGUUAAUUUAUUUACAAAUGUUAGGUUAUGAUAUAUCAUGGGCUGGUUUCAACAUAAUUGAAGUGAUGUCUUCCAAUAAAUUAACAUUUAAAAGAAUUGGUUAUCUAGGAGCGUCACAAAGUUUUCAUCCCGAUUCGGAAUUAUUAAUGUUGACCACGAAUAUGAUAAGAAAAGAUUUAAAUUCUCAAAAUCAAUAUGAUGCUGGUUUAGCUUUAUCUGGUCUCUCUUGUUUUGUGAGCACAGAUUUAGCUAAAGAUUUAGCUAAUGAUAUAAUGACUCUGUUAAGUUCGACAAAGCCAUAUAUUCGUAAAAAAGCAGUUUUAAUGAUGUACAAAAUAUUCUUAAGAUUUCCCGAAGCUCUUCGUCCUGCUUUUCCAAGACUGAAAGAAAAAUUAGAAGAUCCAGAUUCUGGUGUUCAAAGCGCUUGCGUUAAUGUUGUUUGCGAAUUGGCUAGAAAAAAUCCUAGAAAUUAUCUUAGUUUAGCUCCUGUUUUUUUUAAAUUGAUGACAACAUCGACAAAUAAUUGGAUGCUUAUUAAAAUUAUUAAAUUGUUUGGUGCAUUGACACCUUUAGAACCACGCCUUGGAAAAAAAUUAAUCGAACCUUUAACUAAUCUUAUUCACAGUACAUCAGCCAUGUCUUUGUUAUACGAAUGUAUAAAUACAGUAAUUGCAGUUCUUAUAUCGAUAUCAAGUGGAAUGCCAACACACAGUGCUUCCAUUCAAUUAUGCGUUCAAAAAUUAAGAAUUCUCAUCGAGGAUUCAGAUCAAAAUUUGAAAUAUUUGGGUUUGUUAGCAAUGUCAAAAAUAUUAAUUACACAUCCGAAAUCAGUUCAAGCGCACAAAGAUCUUAUUCUUCAGUGUUUAGAUGACAAAGAUGAAUCGAUUAGAUUAAGAGCAUUGGAUUUAUUAUAUGGAAUGGUUUCGAAGAAAAAUUUAAUGGAAAUAGUUAAAAAAUUAAUGGUUCAUAUGGAUAAAGCAGAAGGAACAUCUUACAGAGAUCAGCUCCUAUCGAAAAUAAUACAAAUUUGCUCUCAGAACAAUUAUCAACACAUAACAAAUUUUGAAUGGUACGUAAGCGUUUUGGUCGACGUGACACGAAUGGAAGGAAGUCAAAAAGGACCGUUAAUUGCCGAUCAAAUGAUGGAUGUCGCUCUCAGGGUAAAAGCCAUCCGUGGUUUUUGCGUCGAGCAAAUGAGUUUGCUCCUGGAAAACGCUCAAAUAAUCGCGGGUUCCGGUUGUUCGAGUUCGAACAUGACUCAAGUUUUAUAUGCAGCCGCUUGGAUUUGCGGUGAAUUCGCAUCGGAAUUGCCAAAUCCGCGAACGACGUUAGAAGCUUUAUUGAAUGGAAAGGGAGUCACGAAUUUACCCGGUCACAUUCAAGCCGUUUACAUUCAAAACAUUUUGAAAAUAUUCUCGUUGUUAUUUACGAAAGGAAACGAAAGCGGAGAUUUGAAACAAGUUACGGAAUUGUGCGAAUUAAUAUGCGAUAAAUUACCCGAAUACGUGUCGUCUGCGGAUUUGGAAGUCCAAGAAAGAGCGAGUUCGGCAUUGCAUUUGAUGAAAUUCGUUCAAAAACAUUUGGAAAAAAACGAUGGUUCUUUAGCUGUAGAAAUGGCGUCACUAUUUGCCGGAGAAUUGAAUCCCGUUGCACCGAAAGCCCAAAAGAAAGUUCAGAUUCCGGAGGGUUUGGAUUUGGACGCUUGGAUAAACGAACCCCUGAGUUCGGAAAGUUCUUCGGACGGCGAAGAAUUCAACACUCAAAUAUUUUCAAAAUGCGAAGGUUUCGGUGGGGAUUUACAAUCGUAUGGUGCUAAGAAAAAAUCAGAGGAACUCACGGAGGAAGAACUCAACAAAAGGAGAAUGGCUAGAAAAUUAGAGCAAGCAAACAAUUUGUAUUAUUUAAAAUCGGAAGACAGGGAUAGAGGAGACGGGAUAUGUAAUAACAUACCCGUUCAAAAUAUAGAAUUAGAUGUACCGUUGAAAAUCCCCGGAUUGACGACGUCUGAUAAAUAUUUAAAAGUUAAAAAGGAAAAGGAUAAUAAUAAUAAAAAAAGCAAGAAAAAAACUAAGAAAUCGAAAAAGGGUCGAAAGGAAAUUUCGAGCGAAGAUGAAAAUCCGGAGCCUCUCGUCAUCGUCAACACGGCCAUCGGUGAAAUGCCCGAAGGUGCCAUCAUGUCGGAUGGUGAAAACGACGACGACGACGACGAAUCGAACAACGAUCCACACAAAGCUCUGGAUAUUAAUUUAGACGAGCCGUUGAGAGAAGAAGAAAAAUUACCGGUACCGACACACAGGACUUCUCUCAAUCUCUCGGAUGAUAAAUCGGGUAAAGAAAAGGAAGGCAAAAGCGGUAGCAGUCAACAAAAAAUGAAAAAUAAAAACAAAAAAGACAAUAAAGAUGAGAAAGUGAGGAAAAAAAAAGAAAAUUCAAACAAGGAGAAAAAAAAGAAAAAGGGAAAAGAUGAUACGACGGAGAGGGAGAGGGGAGAAGAGGAAAAAGACGACGGGAAACAAUCGAAAACGGGAGGAAAAGGAGAGAAUAUAGAUUUUUGGCUGUUGGAUGAUUCCGCGCCGUCGAGAAAUUACGCGGAAGUGGAAUCGAACGAAUACGAAGACAUGACGAAGACGAAACAUAAGAAAAAGAAAAAAAAAGGAACGACGGAGAAAAAAACGGGGACGGAUGACAAAACCGGGAGAAUGAAAAAAACGAAACGAAUGUCAAAAGACAAACAGGGAGGUUUAUUGCUCCUCGAUGAAAAUCCAAACGGUGACGAUUCUUCCAUUCUCGCGAAAGAAAAUCUACUCGAGAGUCUCAUGAGUUCGGAAAAUGUAGAAAAAAGGAAAAGCCUUAACAGUAACAAUAACAAUAACAAAAACAAUAACAUAAAUAAUAACAUUAACAAUAUGAACAAUAUAAAUAAUUCGAUGGUUAACGGAUAUCAAGAUGGCGGAGGUGGUGGCGGUGACGUCACAAGAGGAUUAAAUAAAUUUUCAAUUUUGGGAAAGGAUGACAUUGUUAAAUUGAUGUACGACAUACGAGUCGUCGACGAAAUGAGAAAUCAUUUGAUGAUGAUUCUUUCGAUAUCGAAUCGAAAACCCGGAACUCAAAUUCGAGACAUGAUAUUAAACAUAUCGGAAUCGGGUCCGAUUCAAUUGUUGAGAGAACCGGGAACGGAUCGAUAUGACGACAUUAAAAUCGAUUGUCAAUUGAUCGAUAGUCAACAGACGAAAGAAACCGAAUUGAAUUUCAUCGUGUCCGAUUGUUCCAAGUCGCAUAAAAUACGCGGAACUUUUACCUACAAGCAUCAAGAUCCGGGAGGUGUUUUAAGUCAGGAUAAAAUAGAUUUUUGGUUGAGAUUUCCGGUUUCUCGAUUGUUGAGCAAUUACGUACCGUCUCAAAUGGAAUAUUCGGCACUUUUGUCCGGAGGAACUUUAUCGUGCAAGCAAACAUUCCGUAUAGAAAAUCAAUCCUUUAGUCAGGUUCUCGAUCAGGUAUGCGAAAGGUUUAAUUUAAAACUAAUAGAAAAGGUUGACGAAACGGCGGCGUCUUUGUUUUCAAGAACGUUGACCGGACAAAACGUUUGCAUUCUCAUCAAAUCCGGAAAUCUCGUCGAAAAUCCGGUGGUGAGUCUCGAUGGUAAAAGUGAAUCCGACAUGUUUUUGUUUAGCCUUUUCGAAGAAAUCAAAUCAUUUUUCGUUUCAUAG